CCAAAUGCUGCCGGAAUGAGAUUCUACCGAACAUAUUUGCUCGUAGCUGGCGCUUUUUGCUCAUUGUGCACACUUGCAGUAAUAUUCAAUUGUGGAUGGGAUGAUUCACCGCCAGCAACACCUUCAGCCAUCAAUGGCGGUGGCUCCAAUGCUCCUUUAAUCUCCUCUCCAACUAAUCUUCCCGAAACAUUUCUGUACAUUUCAAUUCUGACGUCACCAAACGAAACAGAACGACGUCAAAAUGUCCGUGACACAUGGUUCCGCCUAUCAACUAAAGGACCGUCCGUUUUUAUCGCAAAAUUCGCCGUCGGAACGAUGGGCCUCGCGGCCGAAGAUCGUCGGUUGCUGGCCGAGGAAAAUGAGAAAUUCGGCGAUUUGGCGCUUCUCGACCGCCAUGAAGAGUCCUAUGAGAGGCUGGCAAAGAAGACUUUGGCCUGUUUUGUACACGCUUUUGCCAAUUUUAAAUUCAAAUUUUUCUUGAAGACCGACAUCGACUCAUUCGUCCGAAUCACCCCACUAAUCAUAAAUCUCAAACAAAUUCAAGAUCCAAUGCUCUACUGGGGAUUCCUAGAUGGUCGAGCUAAACCAUUCCGUAAAGGAAAAUGGAAAGAACCCGAAUGGAAUCUGUGUGAUCGUUAUCUUCCAUAUCAACUUGGCGGUGGUUAUGUGCUCUCUUAUGAGCUCAUUCGAUUCUUGGCAAUCAAUGCCCAACUCUUCCGACACUAUCGGAAUGAAGAUGUGUCGGUAGGCGCCUGGAUAGGCGGCCUAGAUGUUAAAUAUGUACAUGAUCCGAGAUUUGAUACCGAAUGGAGAUCCCGUGGAUGUAAUAAUGAGUAUUUAAUUACUCAUAAGCACACGGAGCAAGAGAUGCAAGAGAUGUUUGAAAAUUUGAAGAAAACUGGAAAACUUUGUGCUAAAGAGUUCCAAAAACAUCCAUCCUACGUGUACGAUUUCUCGAAAGCACCCAGCGAAUGUUGUACAAGAGUCAACGGAUCGAAUAUUCCAUAAUUUAUUGCAUUUUAUCGCAUUUUUUACUGAAUACGGGCCAAUUUUCCAGAUUUCUACGGUUUUUCCGCGCAUAAUAAUUGUCUUUCUCGUAUAAAUAUUGCAUUUU